ACGUGUAAAAGCAAGGGAAAACAAACAAUGCCUAAAAAGCAAGAAAGUGGAAGAAAGGCGGUGGUUCGCUGAAGAUUGCGAUGACUGGCGAUAUCGCGGAGUGACGUGUCAUGUCAGGACAUCGAGAGAGACUCUACUAGUUUGGGAGGGAGGACGGCUGCAGCCAUGGCGGACACCAAGAUGUGGAAGGGACACAUCGUCCAUCAGCUGAAACACCGAGACCAGCGGCAGCACCACAUGUUCCGGGACCUCAUCGGCUUCUACUCUCGAAUGCUGGAGAAAACCAGUCUGACCAACUUGUUCCUCAGCUCCUCCACCAGAGUGUCUGACUGUGACAUCAACAACUCAUUGUCAUGUCUUCUCCUGGAGAAGAAAGCGCUGAAGAAGACCACCGGAGAGUUAGCUUAUCAAGUGGUGGAGCUGCAGCAGCAGAUGAAAAUCAAAGAGAAAGUGUUGGAGGGUCAGCGUGACAGGCUGCUGCAGGAGGAGCGCUGGCUGGCGGGAGCGCUGGAUGUCCGCCAGCAGCUGCGGGCGCGGGUGGAGCGGGUUCAGGAGGAGAACCAACUUUUGAAGAAGAAGUACGACGGCCUGAUGGAGCAUCAGAGGUGGGCGGAGUCGCAUCUUCGGGAGGAGAAGGUCAGAGGGAGUCGCCUGCUGGAGGACAUGAUCCACCCCAAACAGCAGGCCGCCGCCCGCAUGAACCACCGCAACGAGAGGCGUUCCAGCUCCUUCAGCCUUUCAAACCUGAGGAGUUCGUCACUCCAAGAAACCUUGCCAGAAAAAAGUCAAGGUCGCCUCUUGAGGUCGGCCUCGGCAAGCUCACCAAGUAGACUGUCGACCAUCAGGGAGCUGUUCGAGAAGAGGCGGGGCCACAGCUUCUGUGGUUUGGAGGAGGACCUGCUGUGUCCUGUCGGAGUUUCUAUGCUAGCCAGAGUUCCUGUCCACGCUCUGCAGGUCCUGGAUGCACAUGAGCAGGGAAUCAACGCAGCCAGCUGCUGCUCUAGCUCCGCCCUGCUGGCCAGCGGUGGAACAGACAGGGUGGUCAAACUGUGGCACGUCAAAGCAGGCACCCUGAGACACCGCGCCACCCUGGAUGGGAGCACGGAGGGCAUCACCUGUGUGGAGUUUGAACCCACGGGUCACAGAAUUCUGGCGGGGUCGUACGACAAGUCGGCUUUGUUGUGGCGUUUGGAUGACCCCGUUCCCAAGCUGACUCUGACGGGGCACAACAGGAAGGUGACCGCUGCGAGGUUCAGUCUUCAUCAGGUGGUCACAGGAAGUGCAGACCGCACUAUCAGACUGUGGGACCUUCAGAGAGCCGCCUGUGUUCAGCUAGUGGACGUGUCGUCUUCCUGCAGCGACGUGGUCUGCUCUGAAAACCUCAUCAUCAGCGGACAUUUCGACCACAAGAUACGAUUCUGGGACACCAGGCUGGCCAGCUGUGUUCAUGAGGUGGAAGCUCAGGGCAAAGUCACGUCAUUGGACCUCAGCACCGACCGCCGCCAGCUGCUCAGCUGCUGCCGCGAUGACGGCCUCCAACUGCUCGACGUUCGCCGGUGGAGCAGCCAGAGCGCCGCCUUCAGAGCUGAGGGCUUCAAAUGUGGAAGUGACAGCACCAAAGUGGCCAUCAGCCCAGACGCUGGCUUUGUGGCGGCGGGAUCAGCAGAUGGCGCCGUCUACGUUUGGAACGUCUCUAGUGGCAACCUGGAGACACGCCUAGGGGACAAACACAGCGCGCCUAUCAGCGCCGUUUGCUGGUCAAUGUCCGGCGAGUAUGUGGUCAGCGUGGACAAGCGGGGACGGGCGGUCCUCUGGAGCGACAUCUGAAGCGAGUCGUCUGUCGCAGUAGCAACAGCUAGCGUGCAAUACCACACACCACCACAACUUACGUUUUUAAAAAUCCAUGAGCGAAACUGAAGGGCUCAUUCGUUAUCAGCAAUCAUCACGACAUUGACACAGCGCCAUCUUUUGGCCACUAAUGAGCACUGCCCCUACUACCUCAUGUAGGAAUGAAAAUGAAAAUGAAUAGAGUUCUUGUGUGGACUGGGAUCAAGUGCUGUCUUUCACAAGGAGAAGGAGGGACCAUUUUUUUAUAACUUUGAUCUUUUUAUAAGUUAUUUAUUUUUUUGUCACCUUUCGGCAUUUUAUGGAGUAUUUGAGAAAACACCUAUUAAAAUCCACGUUUGAAGCAAAUCAAUAAAAAAAUUGACAAAUUGA